AUGGGUUUCGGGCAGUUUGCUGCAACCACACAGUUCUUUCUCUAUGGCAAGCGACAUUUCACCAGCAGCGGCUGGGAGAUGCACAAAGCCAACUAUGCCCAGCCGGACUUGUUGACAGCCCUGGAUCUCAAGGGACAAGUCUUCAUUGUGUUUCCUGGCUACGCUUGCAAGUGA